CUAUGUGCUAACUCCACAUACAGAAGAAAAAUAUAAAAAAAUUAAUGAGGAAUUUGAUAAUAUGAUGCGGAAUCAUAAAAUCGCACCUGGUUUACCACCUCAAAACUUCUCAAUGUCUGUCACAGUCCCUGUGACCAGCCCUAAUGCUUUGUCCUAUACUAACCCAGGGAGUUCACUUGUGUCCCCGUCUUUGGCAGCCAGCUCAACAUUAGCCGAUUCAAACAUGCUGUCUCCACCUCAAGCCACGUUACACAGAAAUGUGUCCCCUGGAGUCCCUCAGAGACCACCAAGUACUGGCAGUGCAGGUGGGAUGUUGAGCACUUCAGACCUCACAGUGCCAAAUGGAGCCGGAAGCAGCCCAGUGGGGAAUGGAUUUGUAAACUCCAGAGCUUCUCCAAAUUUGAUUGGAACUACUGGUGCAAACAGCUUAGGCAAAGUCAUGCCUACAAAGUCUCCCCCUCCUCCCGGUGGCGGCAAUCUUGGAAUGAACAGUCGAAAACCAGAUCUUCGCGUUGUCAUCCCUCCUUCAAGCAAGGGCAUGAUGCCUCCCCUGUCGGAGGAAGAGGAAUUGGAGUUGAAUACCCAGAGGAUAAGCAGUUCUCAAGCCACUCAACCUCUAGCUACCCCAGUCGUGUCUGUGACCACCCCAAGCUUGCCUCCACAGGGACUGGUGUACUCAGCCAUGCCGACCGCCUACAACACUGAUUACUCGCUGACUAGUGCGGACCUGUCGGCCCUGCAGGGCUUCAACUCGCCGGGAAUGCUGUCUCUGGGACAGGUGUCGGCCUGGCAGCAACACCAUUUAGGACAAGCAGCCCUCAGCUCUCUGGUUGCUGGAGGGCAGUUAUCUCAGGGUUCGAAUUUAUCCAUUAAUACCAACCAAAACAUCAACAUUAAGUCAGAACCAAUUUCACCUCCCCGGGAUCGAAUGACCCCCUCAGGCUUCCAGCAGCAGCAGCAGCAGCCGCAGCCACAGCCGCAGCCCCCCCAGCCCCCCCAGCCCCGGCAGGAAAUGGGGCGCUCCCCCGUGGACAGUCUGAGCAGCUCGAGCAGCUCCUACGACGGUAGUGACCGGGAGGAUCCGCGGGGCGACUUCCACUCUCCAAUUGUGCUUGGCCGACCCCCGAACAGUGAAGACAGAGAAAGCCCUUCUGUAAAGCGAAUGAGGAUGGACGCGUGGGUGACCUAAGGCUUCCGGGCUGGUGUUUGUACGUGGCGUUACUGCAGUGAACUGCCCUACAUAUCUAAAUUGGUAAAUAAGGACAUGAGUUAAAUAUAUUUAUAUGUACAUACAUACAUAUAUAUCCCUUUAUAUAUAUAUAUGUAUGUGGGCGUGAGUGUGUGUAUGUGUGGGUGUGUGUCACAUACGGAAUCAGGCACUUACCUGCCUCGUAGAUCUGCAGAUGUGCGUCCCAUGGCAAACAAAGCACCCUGUAGGCGGAGUCUAGUCUGGCACUUCCUUGGACUACUUGUUUCAUAAGAUAACCAGUUUUUGCAGAGAAACGUGUACCCAUAUAUGAUUCUCCCACACUAGCUUGCAGAAACCUAGAGGGCCCCUACUUGUUUUAUUUAACUGUGCAGUGACUGUAGUUACUUAAGAAAAAUGCUUUGUAGAACAGAGCAGUAGAAAAGCAGGAACCAAGAAAGCAAUACUGUACAUAAAAUGUCAUUUAUAUUAAUUACCCAGCCUGGCAUGGGUCUCUGUUGCAGAGGGGUGCAUGGGAAGGGCUGUUGAUAUUUUAAAAAACAAAACAAAAAAGCCCCACACAUAACUGUUUUGCACGUGCAAAAAUGUAUUGGGUCAGAGAAGUGAUCUUUAGCUAAUAAAAAAGAGAGAGAGUAGAAAACACGCAUGAGAUAUUCAGAAAAUACUAGCCUAGAAAUAUAGAGCAUUAACAAAAUAAAUUAAUAUAUUAAGUUAUAAUUGGACUAUGUCAGAAGUUUCUUUUUACAUUCAUAUCUUAAAGAAACUGAUUUUAGCUCAUGUAUAUUUUAUAUGAAAGAAAACACCCUUAUGAAUUGAUGACUAUAUAUAAAAUUAUAUUCACUACUUUUGAACACAUUCUGCUAUGAAUUAUUUAUAUAAGCCAAAGCUGUAUGUUGUAACUUUUUUUUUAAGAGAAUAGCUUUAUCUUGUUUUAACUUUUUAGUUUUAUUUUAAGAGGGGAAAAAAAACAAAACAAAAAUAUCUUGCAAGCAGAACCUUGGAAAAAAAAAGCCAUGAACACUUAUUAUUCUAUAUGUAAAUUAAAAGUUGAGCCAAACUCUUUGUGUAUAUAGCAUCUUAAAUAUAUUAUCACCUUUGAUGUAAGUACCUAUGUAUUGUAUGGUCACCAGAUUAAAAAGUAUAUUUUUGUGGAUUGCCGCCAAUUUGGGGGGAAAAGGCGAGAUCCUUAUCAAGUAGAGUAUUCACUGUUUAAUAUUUACUAUUUUGUUAAAUAUACUGUACUUUGGAUUUUAAUUAUUAGCCCAGUCUUUUUCGGAGGAUUGUAUAAAGGGGUUUCUCCCCUCACUGGUGGUGAAUGUGUGAUGUUACAUUGUAAUCUUUGUGCUGUAUGGGUUGAGCAUCAUUAUAUAUUUUAUAUGUGUACAUAAAUAGCAAAGUGGCAAAAAAAAAAAACUGGUGUUAAGUUCAUCUUGCAUAAAUAUAAAAUGUGUUGUAACAGAUUUUAUAAGGCAUUAUUUAAAACUUGCCUUUUGUGAGGAAAAAAAUAUAGUAGAAAAAGCUGACCUAAUUUAACUAAUAUUAGAGAUCAUGGCAAAAUAGUAGAUGAGCACAAAGGUUUUAUAAGUGGUAAAUGAUUAGGGAGAAAUAAUUCUGGGGGGGAAGGGAUCUUUUCUUCCUUGACCCUCUAAAAUCGAAUGAUGCAGCUGGUUACAAAAUCCUACCAUCCUGAACUCUCUGUGCAGUGAAAUGACACUUUGGUGUGGGGAGAAAUUCUCUUGUGGGCAGAUCCUCGGCACGGCCUGCCGUCCUAAUGGAGCCCGUGCUGCACUCAGCUUAGCUUCUGAACAAGGCCUUACUCCUCCUGCAGGAAGACAGCGAAGGCGUGAUAGCAGGUUCGUGCGUUUCCUGGGCUUGUGCCACAAACAAAAUUCAAAGUCCUGUAUAUCUUUCAUCAUAGAUUUUUUAAAUACUCCCUUUCCUGAGAAACUCAAAAUAAGGGUUUAAGAGUUGCUGCUAUUUUGUAUUUUACACUUAAUAUUGAGCAGCUACCUACAGUUUUUACUUAUGUUUUGCUUUUCCCCCUAAAUUGCCUUCCUUUUGACAAUUUCCUCAUAAUGCUAUUUGUGACAAAUCAUCAGCCAGGUUUCCUGACUGACACAUAGGUAUUAGGUACAGGAUAAACCUGUGGCGUUCACAACUAAAAAAAAAUGGAAUUCUGUUUUAAUUUUUGAUAGAGGCCAAAAAAGGGAGGGUGAUGUGCCGUCUCCUCGUCAGUAUAGACAUUUGGCUUGUCCUCAGAAAGGAUUAGUUUUUCGUUAAAAUGUACUUCUUUUACUGAACUACAUACAGGCACAUUUCUUCAUAAGGUCACACUUAAUUGAAACAAGACAGUCUCCCAACACUGAAUUUCCAAGAUGAUCCUUACCACUUUGUAAACCAUUUAUAGCUUUGAAAGUGUUAAGUGAUUCUUCCGUUAUUAUUUAUGCAUGUUCAUGAACUUCUGCUGUACAUUGGAAUAGGAGUUAACACAUUCACAUUUACUGUCUAUUUUCUUGUGUGCCUUAUGAGAUGGCUUUUCUGACUGUAUCUCAAUAGUCUUUCUUUCUAUGCAGGUUUAUAAUCAGUACAACUACUGUUUUCUAAAAUAAUAGUACACAAGGCUCGGAGUUUGUAUUUCAAUUACACUGACCAAGUAACAAUGUAUUCCGUUUUCAGGAAGUGAAUAUUUGACUGUUAACCCUCUUCCUGUAUGCCCAGUGAGACGUGGAGCAUACGGACUUGACAGACACCCCUCACCCAGACACCAUGUACAAACACAUACACAUGCACAUCUCCUGGUGGAAACCAACUCAGAGCGGGGAAGACACGAAGGGUGUUUCUUUAGAACCGACUUUUCUUACCGUUUUAGACUCAUGUGUUUUGUAUGACACCAUCACAAGAAAAUUUUAUCCUUCAGAUGAAGUAUUUUAUUACUAAAAGACAAAAACAAAAAAAGCUUAGAGUACACCGCACUGGUUGAAGUACAGUUUCCCUCCGUGCGCCGCCCGGCACGACACUGAGAGCAGAGCCACCAUCGUAUGUCUGCAGAUGGUCCCGAUCAAAACUCCAUCUUUUGAGCCCUAAUUCUGUCCAUUGUGUUCGAGACUAAAUCAGGGGUUUGUUCUAAAAGAACAGUAUAUGUUUUACCGUUUCCUUUACCUAUAAGGACAGCUAACAAAGCAUUAACAUAUUUUCUUGAUUAACCAUCAUGCGCACAAGAAAUACAUAGUAAAUAAGGAACCAGAAAACUCCUGGCGUCGGAUCAUGAGAAGCUAGAUGAGUAGAAUGUGAAAAAGAUUUUACAAAUGUAAAACUUUUAUUUCUCUGUAGAAACUUUCUUCACUUUGCUGUGCAAGAAGACACUGCUUUGCUAUAUUUAAAAUGGCUUUUUUAAAAAGAGAUUUAUGUAUUUGGUAAAUGUUUGUAGUCAACAGUUCACACAAGAAGCUGUACACGGUUUGAUCACGUAAAACCGUUUGGCGGCACAAGCUGGACUUUGUUGCCAUCCUUGAGAUGAACCUUUUAAGAAAAAUAAGUUAAUCUCAAUUUUUCCCUGAA